AUGAAUUGUGAUGUUUCGGCUCAACAGCAACAACAAGGUAGCGGAUAUGAAGAUAAAGAACGAUUCGCCAAAACGCCAUUAAGUAUGUUAAAUGACAUUGCACGACACAAUAAAAUUAAACCGGAAUUUUGUCUUGAAAAUGAAACGGGUCCAGCCCAUGAGAAAGUCUUUACUGUUAAACUAAAACUUGGUGAAGAUGAAUCGUACGUUGGUGCUGGAAGUAGUAUUAAAAAAGCACAACAAGAAGCAGCUAAAGUAGCAUUAGCAGAAUCAAGUUUAUUAGCAUCGACUAAUCAAAAAAACAAAGAAACAAAGAAGUCAAACUUACCAAGUACUGUAGAAUUGAAUACCUAUGCUGCUAAACAAAAUAUCUCUACUAAAUAUGUGCUUCUUGAUCAACAACCUUACCAUCGUGGCUGGUGCUAUUAUUAUCGUCUUUACAUCGGUGUUGAUACUGAUUUAUACUUUGAUGGUGACGCUUUUACACAUCAACAAGCUCGAAAUAUGUGUGCCCAUAAUGCACUGGAAUAUUUUAAACAAUUUUCACAAACUGAACAACAAUCAGCGUUUAAUAACAACGACAACAAUAUCAAAAAGAAGACAAAAUCAGAUAUAUCCAUAUUAUACGAACAAGCUAAACGUCUUCAAUUACCAAUUCAUUUUGAAAUUAAUUUUAUUUAUGAUCAUCUAAAUCAGCGAACGUUUCAUGCUACAUUUUAUGUUGGUGAUGAAACAGGAUAUGGUCAGGGUCAAACAAAACAAAUUGCUAAACUAAUGGCUGCUAAAAAUAUUUUGGGAAAAUUGUCUUUAUCAUCUCCUACAUUCACCCCAAUUCGGCAACAACGUUCACCACGACGAAAAAAACCGACAAAGUGUUCAUAUCAGUUUAAACAACAAAAAGUUGAGGCACCCAACUAUGGUCGAGGAACAAUAAAUCCUAUAGCACGUUUACUUCAAAUACAACAAGCAAAAAAUAAAAAAUUUAUCUACGAGUUAAUUAACAAUGAGAAUGAUGAAAAUCAGAAUAAGAAUGAAAAUGGUGAAAAAUUAUUUUAUUGUCGAUUAACAGUGACGUCAGGUAAUUCAGAUGGAACUCAUGAUGUGAACGACGAACAUGAAACAAUUGGUAGUGGUAUAAAUAAACGUUUAGCUAAACGAAAUGCUGCUGAACAAAUGUUAGAAAAACUUGGUUAUUCACAAACAUCUGUUAACAUAUUGCCACCUCCACCACGAAAAUCAUCGCUUAAAGGUUCAUCCACAAUAAACAACAAAAACAUCGACAAUAAUACAGAAAAAAAACAUGUUAAAUUUUUAACUGAUGAACCAAUAGAAAAAUUAUCGACAACUAAUGAAUCGAAAAAUGAAUCCACAAAGCCAGAUGAAUCAUCCGAUAUUGCUGAAAAUUAUAAACAAGAACUUGAACAAUCGUGCACAAAUCUGAAUAUACAGAUUCUUUACGAAAAUCAAAAAACUCAAUCUUCGCCCAAUAAUUCGAAUGUAUUUAGUUCGAUAUUAAGUUUAUCAAUUAAAGAUCAUUUACUAGCACAAUUUCUUGGUCAAGGUCCAAAUAUUAAUGUUGCUCAAGAACAAGCAGCUAAAGUUGCUCUAUUAAAUCUACGAAAAUUAUUCACCUCAUCAAAUAAACAUAUGAUAAAUCAAAUAGUAAACCAAUUAUCAUCUUGUCAUACAAAUAUUGUCAAUGUAGUACAAACAAAUAACGCCAGUCGUUUUAACAUGGUUACCAAUGAUUCUCUUGAUGAUCUACGUUUAUUCCAUGCAUCUGAGAAAAGUCGUCUGAGUCGAUUAUUAGAACAACUUGAAUGGUCAGAAGAAUGUUUAAAUGAUCAUUCUAAAUUUGUUACUUGUCCCUACAAUGCAUAUCAUCGUAUUAAUGAAGAAAAAAUUUAUUCGCAUAUUGUUGGUUGUCAGUUAAUGAACGAUGGUUAUGAGAGAAAAUAUCAGAAAGAAAUUGUUGAAUGUGAACGUGAAAAAGAAUUUUUAAAUCAAUCUGUUAUUAAAUUAGAUCCGGUAAAAUUAGCCAAUAUACUUCAAAAACCAUACCCCGUGAGUGUUCCAUUAACUAUUGAAAGUACAUGUAUCAAUUUUACUGUGAAUGAACGAUGUUUAAUUGAAAAAGCAACAUAUGAUCAAGCGAAACAAUUAGGAUCUGUACCACCAACGUUAAAUGAAAAUAUUAUUGAUUUAGCUGCUGCUCAAAGUGCAAAAACAUCGACUAAAAGCGAAACAGAUUUAUUAGCUGAAUUACGUGAUAGAAAACGACGAAGAACAAAAUAUCGUGGCGGUGGUGUCAAUAAAAAAUCUUAUUAUGAUGUGAAUACUUUUAAACUGUUUGAUAUUUACAUUGUUAUAUAA